AUGACGUCAGAAUUGUUCCUAUUAGUAUUUGAUCAAGAAUGGAUUUUAGGCAAUCUUGCAUGUAAACUAACAUUGUAUAGUCAAGUUGUAACAUUAGCAUCCACAACAUUUAUCAAUGUCGCCAUGACUUAUGAUCGAUAUGAAGCUAUCUGCUGUCCAUUUCGUUCGUGCAUAGCACUUCGACGUGUUCGUCGCAUCAUCAUAAUUUGUUGGUUAAGUUCAUUAAUUAUGGCCAUUCCACAAUUAUUCAUCUUUAAACAAAGUCCAAUGACGAAAAAUCCAACAAAAUAUCAAUGUGCCAGUACAGGUUACACAGCUGAAUGGCAACGACGAGUGUACUUUACAGUAUUUGCUAGCUAUGUUUUAAUUAUUCCUGCUUUUUGCAUUACAAUAUGUUAUAUAAAAAUAAUUCACACUGUCGGAUCGUCGACUAAAGUUUGGAUGCAGCAGACUCGUGGUCAAACGACCACAUAUAUCUCCUCGUCUACCACAUCGCCUGCAAAAAUCAAAACAGUGAAGUUAGCUAUGACUAUAAUUAUCGUAUUCGUUAUCUGCUGGACACCGUAUAUAGUUAUAACUUUGAUUGAAGUUUACUCGAAUGGGCGCAUUCGUAUUCCAUCGUGGCUUGACGGUGUUUUACAAACGAUAUGCUUAGUCCAAAGCGGAUUGAAUCCGUUUAUAUAUAUGAUAUUUAAUCAACGACCCAAACAAACGCCAACGAUUAAACUUACGUCUAUGCGAAGAACGUCGUUUGGAUCUUCACGACAAAGGAAAUUUCCGGAAUUACUAGAAACAUUGUUGAUGAAUGAAUGA